AUGACCCCGGCCUUUAACCAGAAGCAUUGGAGUAUUGUUAGGGCGGAUGUAGUCCAAUUUGUUCGAGAUUUCUUUGACUCGGGCAAGUUCCCGGACUCUAUUAACGAUACUCAUAUUGUUCUAAUUCCCAAGAAAAAGAACCCAUCACAUAUGAGUGACAUGAGGCCGAUUUCACUUUGCAACGUUCUUUACAAGAUUGCCUCAAAGGUGGUGGCAAAUAGAAUGAAAGGUGUGUUGAACCAAACUAUCUCUGAAACUCAGAGUGCGUUUGUGGCCGGAAGACUAAUAUCGGAUAAUGUUAUGGUGGCUUUUGAAGCGAUGCACUACCUGAAAAGAAAGACUAAGGGAAAAAAAGGCUAUAUGGCACUCAAGCUUGACAUGAGCAAAGCUUACGAUCGUGUUGAAUGGAGUUUCCUAGAAUCUAUUCUUCGAGUAAUGGGGUUCAGUGAUUGGUGGAUAGGCUUAACUCUAAGUUGUGUGAACUCUAUUCGUUACCAUGUCAUCAAUAGCGGUCAGAAGAUGGGACCGAUUGUUCCUACUCGAGGCAUCCGUCAAGGCUGUCCGUUAUCACCAUACUUAUUCAUUGUUUGUGCGGAAGGACUCUCAUCCUUAGUUAGACACUAUGAGGCCACAAGACUUAUAACGGGUUGCAAAGUUGCUAGAAGCGCCCCUACUAUCUCCCACUUACUUUUCGCGGAUGACAGUUAUGUUUAUUGUCAAGCUUCGGAAGAAGAAGCCAACCAUGUUUUACAACUUCUCCAAACUUUUGAAGGCGCCUCGGGCCAAAAAGUUAAUCUCCACAAAUCAUCUGCUUUUUUCAACUCCAAUACCGUGGUGAACACCAGAAAUAGUAUCUGCAAUUUGAUGCAUAUUCAGGAAGCAGGGGAGGACAGUAUGUAUCUGGGGCUCCCAAGUAUCGUGGGCCGCAAUAAGAACGCUGUUUUGGGGUUCCUUAAAGAGAGAAUGAGAAAGAGGAUUAAUGGUUGGGAGGGACGCUUUUUAUCUCGGGCAGGGAAAGAGAUUCUCAUCAAGACCGUGGUCCAAUCUCUCCCUUCGUAUGCUAUGAACGUCUUCCUUUUCCCGAUUGGCACAUGUAACGAAUUAGAGCGGAUGAUGGCGAGUUUUUGGUGGAAAUCGAACAACUCCAACGGUAAUGGCAGCGGUAUCACUUGGAUGAGUUGGGACAGAAUGACAAAACACAAAUAUGAUGGUGGUAUGGGCUUCCGAAGCUUGAGGGACUUUAAUCUAGCCAUGAUUGGCAAACAAGUACCUGUCCCUAUGGUCCAAGGUCUUGAGAACUUUACUGUCAAUAGUCUUUUCCAAGUUAACAAUCGAUGCUGGGAUAGUGAUGUUGUGAAGGACUUCUUCUCCCCCGAAGAUGCGGCUAUCAUCCUUGGCAUUCCCAUUGAUCAAACUGGUGGAGAUCUUAAACACCAUUCGGCCAACACAGAGGUUAAUAAGUUCUGGAAGAAUCUAUGGACUCUCAAAGUGCCUCCUAAGGCCAAAGAUCUUGUUUGGAGGGCGGCCUCAAAUUGCCUCGCAACUAAAAGAAACCUGUGUAUUAAAAAGGUCCUGGUGGAAAGUAUUUGUCCCUUGUGUGGUGUCUUUGCCGAAACAGAAUGGCAUGUUCUGGUGGCUUGUGAUUUCGCAUGGUCUUGCUUCGGUUUUGCUGGUUUAGCCACUGUAGCAAGAGAUUCUUUCUCUUCUUUGCUGCCAUGGCUAAAGGCUACAACUAGCCGUGUAAGCAGCGAGACUUUGGGACGGGUAAUCAUGUUGUGCUGGGCUAUAUGGGCAGCGAGAAAUGACCUGGUUUGGAAGCAGCGGGCGAGAAGGGUGAGUGAUGUGGUAGCUUUUGCAAAUUUGAGUCUUGACCAAUGGAUAAAUGCUCAAGGAAAGGGUAAUAUACCCUCGUUGUCUCCUCUCAAAGAUGGAGAUGGUGCGGAGCAGUGGAUAAAACCGUCUUCAGGUAUCAAACUCAAUGUAGAUGCUGCCAUUUUUGCCUCUCUCUUCAAACAUGGCUUCGGGUGUGUGGUGAGGAACUCGGAUGGUGGUUUGAUCUCUGCCUUUGCAGGGGUUAAAGAUGGUUCAGUGUCCCCGGAAUUGGCUGAAAUCAUUGGUAUUAGGGAGGCUAUAAGUUGGCUCAAAGACCAUGCUUCCACACGGGCUAUUAUAGAGACGGAUAGUCUUGUUUGUGUUGAGGCUAUUCGGAGUGAAGAAACUUUAGCCUCUGCAUUUGAAUUGGUGGUUGAUGAUUGCAAAAAUAUUCUUAAAAAUUUGUUCAAUGUUUCAAUUUUGUUUGUUAAGCGUUCUGCGAACCGUGCUGCGCACUAUGUUGCCCGGCACUCUGUUUCUUUAGCUGAACGUGUGUUUUCCAUUAACAGUGUUCCUUUGAAUCUUAUGUCUAUCUUGGAAAGCGAUUGCUCAUUUUAA